CUACUAAGUUGUGAGCCUCCAUUGAAGCCGUUGAUUUACCUGCGUAUUAUCUCCCGCCGCUUUUAUCCCCAUUUCUGGUGCCGCUUCAAACCAUGGCACCUUUUAGUAAGAUCAUACAUACAUAAAUACAUACAUAUAUCAUCUUGCACAAUUCUUCUAACAAGAAGUGAAACAAACAAAUCAUCAUUUGCGAAAUUGAAUGCCUCGUGGCACCGGUUCGUACUUAUGCAAUUUAGGCAGUAACUCGGUGGAUGCUGCCAAUACUUUAAAAAAAGUCCAGCCGAUGCCGAUGCCAAGAAUCUGACGUCUGAACGUUCAUUGAAGCCGCGACUUUCUCCCAUCUUGAACCGCUACACAACAAAACUCUCUGUCCUACAACGCGCAUCUUAUUGUGAGCAUGAAUCAACAGCGUCAUCUUUUCUAAAUCUUCUCGGAAGAUACCCCUUUCCUGAACCCACAAUCCAGUUGACAAUCUCCACCACCACCCUUUCCUUAUCCAGCCAUGAACAACGACCAAUUCCGCCGCCUCGUCCUCGACAACCCUUCCUCCAAACCCGCCAAAUCCACCAGCCCAGAUGCAUCUUCUCCAUCCCAACAGCAACCACGCAAAAGCAUUGGCAAUGCGACACCCGCAGCCGGCGCACUGGGCUCGCGCCUUCGCUCCAGCAUCCCCAUGACACCCCGCUCCAUAACAAAUGUCGACUUUGCGCGCCAACUAGCCGAAUACCGUCGCGAAGCCCAACCCGCUUCCAAGAAAUUCAAAGCUUCCGCCGCCCCCAAGGGAACGAGAUUACCGUCCGGUUAUCAAGAUCGGGCUGCGCUGUUGCGUCAGAAGGAAGCAGCAGAGGAAGGCGAUAGUGCUGAUGAUGGAUCGAAUCUGGAGAAGCGCGUCAAGGCGUUGGAGGAGAUGGUCAAACUAGGACAGAUUGACCAGGCGACGUUUGAGAAGCUACGUGCCGAGAUGGGGGUGGGUGGGGACCUGAAAAGUACGCAUAUGGUGAAAGGCUUGGAUUGGGAGUUGCUGAGGAGGGUUAAGGGGGGUGAGGAUGUCGAUGUAUUGGAGAAGGAAGGGGAGAAGGGUGAGGGAAAGGAGGAAGAAGAUGUAGCAGAUGUGGAUGAGGAGCUGGAUCGGGUGUUGGGAGAAAAGGGUGAGGGGGUGGAUGCAUUGUCUGCUGCCCCGAAGGAAAAUAAGGAGAAAAAGAAGAAGGGGGUGAUGGUGCAGAGAAAGUCGCGAGAUGAGAUCCUCAGGGAGUUGAAGGCUAGUCGUGCUGCGGCUGCGGCUGAGGCGGCGAAGCCGGCUGAGCCCGCCUUAGGAACCAAGUUUAGGAGGAUCGGGGGAGAGUCCAAGGCGGAGAAGAAGCGAUGGGUGGAGCAGGAUGAGAAUGGGCGGCGGAAGGAGAUUCUACAGAUCACAGACGCGGAGGGCAAGACAAAGAGGAAGGUGAGAUGGCUAGACAAGCCUGGUGAGGUUGGUGGUGGCGAUGGGCCUGCUGGACUAUUGAUGCCGGACAAGGAUGCGAAGCCGCUGGGCAUGGAAAUUCCAGCAGAGGUUGCAUCUAAGGCUUCCGCGCCGGCGGAGCACGACGACGACGACGAUGAUAUUUUUGCUGGCGUCGGAGAUGACUAUAACCCGCUUGGUGAUCUACCGGAUGAUGACGAUUCGUCAGAUGAGAGUGAGGAUGGCGAGAAGCCACCAAAGGCCACGGAACCAGCUCCUGCUGCCGGUGAUCCGAAGAAACCGGAGGCGACAACAAGCCGGCCUCGAAAUUACUUUUCUACGUCUACAACGGAUGAGGUUCCUGAGAUAGACCGGUCGAACCCGUUGGCGAAGGAUCCUACGCUACUAGCGGCCCUGAAACGGGCUGCUGCGUUACGACAAUCCGAGGAGGCUGGUGCUACCGAUGCUGAUGCUGGAGAUGUCGACGACGAGACGGUGCUGCGACGAAAGAAGUUUCUGGAGGAGGCGCGUCGGCGGGAAGCUUUGGAUGCGAUGGAUAUGGAUAUGGGCUUUGGGGGAAGCCGCAACGAUGACGACGAGGAGGACGAGGAGGUGGUGCUGGAGACUGAGGGACGCGGCGGGAAGAAGAGGAAACGAGGGCCGAAGAAGAAGAAGGGCGACAAAGACAGUGUGACGGAUGUGAUGCGCGUGCUAGAAGGGAGGAAAAAGGAGUGAUCCCUGAAUGCUAGCGUCUUGUAACACGAGUAUCAGCUCCUCUGCGGCAUAGGUGGUGCCUGGGGAGAAGGAACCCAGUCAAGAUCGCCAGGUAAACACGAGCUAUAGCCUGUAGUCACACCUGAACUUUUUUUUUUGGACUGCUGUUGCCAUAUUGUGCUCGCUGCAUCAUACAGGAAACCAGAUGAGCAAUCCCUGUUG